UUCGUGUGUGGGGCUCUUGUGGGGAAAUGGGAUGUGCUCAUUAUUUUCUGCUUCUUCUCUGGGCCCCUGUCUGUGUUAUUGCUUCGGGGUAGCGGAGAGUCUCUCUUUGGUCCAGUACACUUCCCCUUAGGCCUAUAGACAUCUUAACAGGAACCCCGCCGCGGAUCUGGGGCUUCUGGCCUUUUGUGGGGGAUGCUGGGAAGUUACUCCUUGUUGGAAAAAGUUAUUUUUAGGGGAUUCUAAGGUGACAUUUUCGCCUUUUGAUGCCCACCUCCCCUCUCCCAUUUGCGGGCUGUUUGGAGUCUCGGCAGGGGAAGUUUAGGGUCUGCUCGCCUUCUGGUGGUGUUGAAGAAGACGUAGUUAAAGUGAGGAAUCUGUAGUUCUGUUACUGGAUUCGAAUGCGGACUCAACCAUUUGCUAGCUGAUAGACUUUGCACAAGUUUUUCAACUCAGUGCCACAGUAUCCUUAGUCUGAAAAGUGAGGCAAAACCGGACGGAAGCUCUUGAACAGUACUUGGCACCAGUCUUUUCUGCUGCAUCUGGAGGCAUGGGUAGCAAGAAACUCAGACGAGUGGGUUUAUCACAAGAGCUGUGUGACCGUCUGAACAGACAUCAGAUUGUUACCUGUCAGGACUUUUUAUGUCUUUCCCCACUGGAGCUUAUGAAGAUGACUGGCCUUAGUUACGGAGGGGUUCAUGAACUUCUAUGUAUGGUCAGCAGGGCCUGUGCCCCACAGAUGCAAACGGCUUAUGGGAUGAAGAUGCGAACGUCUGCCUCUCUCUCACCAGCAUUCUUAGCCACAACCCUUUCUGCGUUGGAUGAAGCCCUGCAUGGUGGUGUGGCUUGUGGAUCCCUCACAGAGAUUACAGGCCCACCAGGUUGUGGAAAAACUCAGUUUUGUAUAAUGAUGAGCAUUUUGGCCACGUUACCCACCAACAUGGGAGGAUUAGAAGGAGCUGUUGUGUACAUCGACACAGAGUCAGCAUUUAGUGCUGAAAGACUGGUUGAGAUAGCAGAAUCUCGUUUUCCCAGAUAUUUUAACACUGAAGAAAAAUUACUUUUGACAAGCAGUAAGGUUCACCUUUAUCGGGAACUCAGCUGUGAUGAAGUUCUGCGAAGGAUUGACUCUUUGGAAGAAGAAAUUAUUUCAAAGGGAGUUAAACUGGUAAUUAUUGACUCUGUUGCUUCUGUGGUAAGAAAGGAGUUUGAUACACAACUUCAGGGCAACAUGAGAGAAAGAAACAAGUUCUUGGCAAGAGAAGCAGCCUCCUUGAAGUAUUUGGCUGAGGAAUUUUCAAUCCCAGUUAUCUUGACGAAUCAAAUUACAACGCAUCUAAGCAGAGCCCUAGCUUCUCAGGCAGACCUGGUGUCUCCAGCUGAUGAUUUGUCCCUGUCUGAAGGCUCUUCUGGAUCCAGCUGUGUGACGGCUGCCCUAGGAAACACCUGGAGUCACAGUGUGAACACCCGGCUGAUUCUCCAGUACCUUGGUUCAGAGAGAAGACAGAUUCUCAUCGCCAAGUCCCCUCUGGCUCCCUUCACUUCAUUUGCCUACACCAUCAAGAAGGAAGGCCUGGUUCUUUAAGGCCAGCAGAGGCCAUAGGGACACUAUGACUGUUGUCUAGAGCUGCUGGGGGCACAAUUUGUGAAAUGAAACAGAGUGGUGCUGCUUGGAAGAAGGAAACGGAAGCCAACAUAAUGGGGAUUAAUUAGUUGAUUGAUGUUGAGAUGGUAACAGAUUUGCCCCCAUACCAUUGAGCCAGCCAUCUCAGACCUAGCAGGGAAGGUGAGGAUGAAGACGCCUUUGUUCAGGUCUGUAGAUGCGUGGGGCUGAAGGCUUUGCCGCCAUGGGAUGUCAACAGCCAUAAUAAUAAUAAUUUGCACUUAUAUAGUACCUUUCAACCGGGCACCUCAAAGCGGGUUAGCCACGUUAAUUAAUUAGAGCCCACAAUCCCCCUGGGGAGAGGAGGAGGAUGACUAACAGGAUUUGUAAUUACAGGAGGGAACAUUUCCGAAUAAAGUAUUGUCCACCAUAUAAAAAGAGUGGGUGUAAAGGAAUUGGGGUCUCCAAAGAGUAACUGAUUUAGAAAUUAAAUCAUGGAAGGAUGGGGAGGCUGGGGGCGGGCAUGGGUGUGGGGGUCUGCUCUUGUGUCAGAGGGAGGUCGAUGGGCUCAGAAUUCACUGACAGGUUCGGAUCCAACUGAGAAGCGGAACGUGUAUGGCAUUAGUGGCAUUUGGAAGGUCAUUAGUGGCACGACUAUUGUGGUGUAAAUUCACGUUUCACCAGUAUAUUGUGUAUAGUCCUGCAGAACAAAGAGUGAGAUUCAUGCAGUAUUUAAUAAAGGAUGAAAUGAUUUCUUUAGAUUUAAAGGCCAAAGCUGGGCCAGUCAAUUAGCAAAUAAACCAAUUGGUGACCCAUAGGGUAAUUUAGUCGUUUCCAGCAGAACACCCAGCCUACACCCUCCUACUGCCAUGAAGUUUCCAACCAAAGCCUCAAGACUGGGUUUAGUGCAAGGCCUGGGGACUUCAGCUCCUUCAAAGGCAGACAUCAGAUCUUCCCAGCCUUUGGCCUGGGGACCUCUCUUACCCAAGUUGUUAGUGACCCCCAGGCUGCCCUCUAUAGAAGCUUUGGACCUGCUCCCCCUCCACAGAUUUUUAAAUACUUUGGAGGCUACAGUCAGGUCCUAUUCUAUCUCAUGUUUCCUGUCAGUGCCCAGCAGAAUGCUGUGCACAAAGUAGGUACGGAUCAGUGAAGAGUGAGUGAAUGACUAAGUCUUUUAACAACUCAGUAUUUGUUGAGCACAUGCCAAAUGCUGUGGUGCAGCUCACAACAACAGGAUAUGCGUCCCGUCCUCGAGAACUAUAUUGUGAGGAAUGGAAAAGACUCCUAUACUACUAAGUAUAAUAUAAAACAGAAUAAAAUAAAAUGACAUGAUAGAUGUACAUCCAAGCCACAUGCUGCAAGGGCAAGAAUAGGAACAUUUAUGCAGCUGGAGUGAAUCAGGGAAGGUAUUCCUGGAGAGCAAACAAUGUGUUGGGCAUUGGAAGGCAGGAAGGAUUUUGGUAGACCUGAAAGAGGUCGGGGAGGCAGACUUUCCAGACUGCGGUCAUUUGUCUCUCUCGGAGUGAGAUGCAUUUUGGGAACUUGUGGUCUUCAGUAGAACAUUUGUGAAAACCACGCUGAGCUUUUGUGACUGAAUAAAUGUACAUUUCCUAUCAGUUCUUACUACAUGAAUUGACUAAUUUCAAACAUCAAGGGACUAUUUGAGAAGUUGAGAAAGAUGUUUUAUUCUCUGCAACUCUUUAUUUGGUCUCUCUCCACUUUCACUGCCCACCAAGAAAGAAAAGCUAAACAGUUUGCACAUUAAAACAGGGCACUCAGCAGUAUCUGAGAAAGGUACAAAGAAGACAUCUCCCAAUCCCAAAUGGCAAGGAUUAGAUGUCUUCCUCAUUGAGCCUGUUUUUUUGACCUAGGAAACCCUAAGGUGAUGCUCUGCACCCAGUGACUGACAAAUCAAUCCCAAGUUCCAACAGGGCUUUUCACCACACACUGCACUGCCAGGAUGGGACCUACGUACUGUUUUUGCAUCUUGCCAGUAUUUAUUAAGUGUUGCUGCAUGUCUGACACACACUACAUAUGCAUAAGCUUACCUAAUCCUAACAAUCUCACAAAGUAGGACUUCACAUCAUUCCUCCUGUGCAGAUGAGCAACGAGGCAAAAGUUCAGUCUCUUGCUAGAAAGUGAUGGAAGGUAGAUUGGAACCCACUCAGUCUUGCUUCUUCCCCUCUCACCCCUCACCCAUGUAGUAUUUCUGUUCACAUCUGUUACAGCUUCUCCUCGUCAUCCUCAAGUCACUCAAGUACUCAGCACACUACUGUGCACAUACUAGGAACUCCGUGAAUAUUUUUCUAAGAAUCACCAGCAGUACAGUGGUUUGAUCUUGCACUGGGAGGAGUGGCUGCAGAAAGUCUGGGCAGCGGUGCUAAGAGUUUAGUAGAGACUCCAUCACUACCUCCAUCUCUUGCCACCAUGAUUAAAGAUUAGGAGAUGUGCUCAGGAAAGUUGCCCCAGGAAAUGUCCACAAGAAAGAAGACACAGGUGGUAUUCAUGAGCUGAGAAGCUGCCAAACUGGUACCUGCCAUGAGAGGCUAGUGAGGUAUCUUCUAUCGACCUCGGAUGCUACUCACUGAUUUCUUUCUAUGAAUGUGUGUGCAUAUACCUUUAUCUAUCAAAGUCCAACUUUGUUUCCAUAAUUGUGCUGACCUCCGAGCCACUCUGUUGAUGUGUUGCAGUCCUAGUAAGGAUUUAGCAGUGAUCCCUAUCAGCCCACAGAGUAAACAUUUCUGAACUAACCCAGGAGUGCUGAAUUCUAUGCAUUGGGUCUUGUAUGUUGUAUGUUGUGAGCAAGGUUACUACUCGGGGACAGGAUUUAAAAGGUUAUCUGGCAAAAUCAGGAUUGCCAAAUGAGAACUCUGGAGCUGGGGAAUGAGGAUUAGCUAAGGGGGAAGCAGGGAAUGAAGGCAAGAGGAAGUCCAAAAUAUCAGAUAGAUUCUGACAUUAAAAGUGUGGUCUUGGAGCCACUUGGGAGUGUCAUUUCUUUCUGAGCUUUGGUUUCAAUAUUGUCACCAUCACUUUAGUCCUAUGGCUGUGGAAGGGCUUUCUUUAUUCUACUACAGAAUUCCACUUUUGCUCAAAUGGAAGGAGGGGGCCCAUUGCAAUCCUCAAAAUAAUAUCCUAAGUGUGAGAGAAAGCACACUGCCUACCUCUCUGAAUUUCAGUGAGCACAGUGUUCAGAUGGAGCACAAGUUCUCCAGAACUCCAAACAGAUUUGGGAAGAGAGAAGACCAAUCAAUAGUGAGCAUAAGUCAGGACAGACUUGGUUUUGGUGCCUAAACAAACAACCCCCAAAAUCUUAGGGACUUAAAGUCUGCAUGUCUGAGAGACUCUCCCGGGAUGCUGUCCUCCAUAUGAUGACUCAGUAUUCCAUUUUAGUAUCAACAUGUACUUCCACAGUUGCCACAGUAGGGGAAGAGAGAGAAGGGCUGUACACUGGCAAUAAGUGCUUCCCCCAAGAAUUGACACACAUCACUUCUGUUCUCAUGGCCAAGUGGUCCUGCAUCCACACCCAGCUCCAAGGAGGUGGGAAAUACAAACCUCCCCUGCAUUUGGAAGGGAAGGAGAACUAGAUAUUAGUGAACACUUGUAGUGUCUGCCAUAUAAUGCUGUAGCCAGUGAGCUGGCACAUACCUCCUUCUUUCAUACUCAUGCCUUGCACAUACCUUUCCCUUGGAUCACCCAGUGUAUAUUGAAGACUGGGGCUAGUGUUGGGGAAAGAAGACCAAAUAGUUUUAUAGCCCAUUUUAGUCCCUAGGCAACCAUUUUGAAAGAGAGGAGUAGCCACAGAAAACCAGUUCACUCUGGGUACUUUUCCCUUGGAGCUAUCAGACACUAAUAACUCUAGGAAAGGAUAAGGGGUUAAAGGGAGCCAUGGCCUGAUUUCAGUAAUACAUCUAAGAUGGAACAACUAAUUUUGAGUUGCCCAUAACCAUCAGGCUGUGUAUGAAAAUGCUUCUGGAAACGUGCCCUUUCUCCUCCAUUCCUCCCCUUAUUACCAGACAUGAUUCAAAUUCCCUCUAAGCCCUGUGACUUUUCCAGAAAGCAGCUCUCCCAAAAGAGAGAGAGAGAGAGAGAGAGGAGGGGGAAGAAAAAAAAAAAACUUUCCCUUAUUAUUCUUCCAAUAAUGAAUUCCUGCUCUGAGUGGGCUGUUUCCAUGUGUUUUCAGUCAAGUGCUGAUGGCAGCCUUGCCGGGGGACAUUUCCAACAGGCUGUGGACAUAAUAGAUGAGGUCUCAUAUUGACAAGAGCUGCUCUCAGUUUUCCUUCCAGUUUAGCCCUCCUAAGCCCUGAAAUUGGAGAUGAGAAAUGAUUCACGAGAUCCCACUGGUGAACCAACAUGGCUGCCACACCUCUUUGCUCCUUUUAACUAGGUAAAAAGUCAUGGUUUAAAGCUUCCUUCUAAGAGAUUUGUAGACCUGGAUCUUAGUAACUUAAAAAGGACUUGGCUUUCACAGACCAGCCCACUUUUUAUAGAUGCCAAGACCUCCUUUCUUCAGGAUUCAAACAUAGUCUUGGCCUACCCUGACAUCAUAAGAACAAAGGGAAAAAUUAGGACACACUAUUUCCUGCCUAAAACCUGAUCUCAAGUACACAUAUUGCUUCCAAGUAAGCAAUGGCAGUAGCCGUGUUUGCUAAGGGAAACAGCCUACUCCUUCUCCCCAAAACAAAUGUCUUCAGAUAAUUUGGUUUCAGCUUACCUACACAGAACUGGUACAAAUUAUUAGUUAUAGUUGGGCUCUCUUCAUUGAGAAAAGUCUCAGUUACUUCGGGUAAAAAAAAAAAAAAAAAAAACACAGGUAUUUUUAAGAGUAUUAGUGGCCUGGAAUUGGAAAGCCUUUAGGAGCAGAGGCAGCCCUGGGGAUUUAUUUCCUCAGAGUCUCUGAGUCUCUGCUUCCUCUGCAUUUCUGCCUGAGGUACUCAUGUCCCAGCAGACAGGCCCUAUAGAUGCAGUUUCUGCUUACUCAAACUUCAGCUUGCAUGUGGCUCACCCUGGGCUCUUGAGCUCCUCCUUAUAUAACUCAGCCUCUCAACUUCAGUUCCCAUUGGCUCUUCUCCUUGGUAUUCUUAGUUAAAAUUCCUAAGAGACGAUCUCAUUGGCUCAGGCUCGUCUUAUUGUUCUGUCUCAGGUAACAUCAUUGGUCACUAGCCUGCCGGUCUGCUGUGGGCUGAGGGGUGAGCCUCAAGCAUGGCUGCCUAAGUUGCAGAAGAUGGGGCAAGGCAGCUUCUUUUAGAGGGUUUGUGAGGGGAUGAGGACGUGAGGGAACCUAGUGGGCUCUUUGAACCCUUAAUGGAUUGCUGCAAAGAUACUCAUUCUCUCUUGCUUCUUCCUCCCCCCAUCUCAUCACUGUAGGCCUGAUCUCCAGCCAUACCCUGGGCUCCCAUUACUGCUCAUCUGCUAACCCCUGAUCCAGCAUCCUGCUUCUCACCCUGUUGAAGUGCACAAUCACGGGGGUUUGGGCUAGUGAGUGGGAAGAGCUCUUAAAAUUUAUUUGAGAAUAUAAGAAAGAUUGGGGAAGUUGUGGAAGGAGGAAUGGAAAUAAAACCCUUUCUUAGCUAAAGAAAACCCAUUCCCACCAUGGGACCCAAGUGCCUUUCCUCUUUCUCCUAAUCUUCGGAGCAGUUUCCCGUUCCCCAAAAUCAAACAUCAGCAGAAGCAUGAGAAACUUCCAUCAAGGGACCCAGAUGGAGCACAGCAGGAAGAUAGUCUGGCUCUGCUAAUCCCCCAGAGCUUUUUCUGACCCCUACAAGGAUCCUUAGUUCCCAUCUCAGACUUUGCAUUUCCCCAGGCUCCCACCCUCAGGCCUUAUAGAACCCUGGUCCCAGAGUCUUGAAUAUCAAAUCCCAAGCAAUUUACUUACAAAAUAUGGUUUGAAAGACAAGUGAAGGAGUCUGUGUAGAUAAGGUCUUUGCCAGUUGUGUUCUUCCACUAUGCUCAAAGCUCUUCAUUGGCAGUUUUCACAGAUCUCCCUGAUAUUUUUAGAGGACUGGUCCUGUGUGGUGUUGCCCUGUUUCAUCUGAGUCAGAGAAAUUAUGCUUUGUCUGAAUUCACACAUCAAGGAGAGGACUGGGGGAAAAUUGAAUUAUGAUACUGGGCUUUGCCUUUAUACCUCAUCAGCUGGUUAAAAGGCCAACCCCAAACACCUAUAUUCAAAUGUCAGCAUCUAUAUUCCUUUCAGUGGACAUGAGGCUAGAAGUGAAUUAGAGGCAAGUCGAAACAACCCUGGAUUUCCCUGCCCUUUCCUGAGCUCUGGAUAUGUCAGUGCUGAUUAAAUCAUUCAUCAAACCUUGUUCAAACUUUUAUCUACUGACUAAAAUUGCAGUUUCCCUAGGAGCCUAUGAUGGCAGGAAAGGCAGUUCUGAUGGUGUUUCUAAACCUGCUGCUGUGGGAUUCUAGAACUGGUUCCUCUGGAUUACUUCCAGAUCUCUGCUCAUUCCAUUUAGGAUCUGAGGUUGAAAUCUAUUGCCGUUGUCUAUCCCCUGGGAUCUGAAAACCCCAUCUGGGGUUUGUCCAGCCUGUCUCUCCAACUCCUCCGUCCAACUCCACAGUCCUUACCACUCUGACAGCUUAAAAGCUGAUGCAAAGAUGGAGCAGAAGCCAGUUUGGCUUUCUCCCAAUCCUCUAGGUCCUUCUGGGGUUAAUCAGCAACCACCUAUCUUUGUGUUAAUAACAUAAGCCUCUCUAACCAGAACACCUGGAGGAAACCCAUAGGAAGCCUUAAGAUGAAGCCAAUUUUACAGCAAUUAUUCUGACCAUCACUUUUUAAGCGGGACUCAGACUGUCCAGGAAAAAACCCAGCUUGCUAAAAAACCAGCCAACUAGCUGGACGAACCUGUGGCUCUCAGUGUGCCUUAAGCCACUGUAGGUCUUACUAAUGCUUUCCAUGUCCACAUCUCAGCUGCAGAGACGCUCUGCACUUGGGCAGCAUCUCCCUCUUUCAGGUACAUGGGGUUUAGUGAAACGUCCUGAGUGCAACUCGCUUGACGGGAUUCUUUAGUGGCAUCUUCCCACACUCUCCCCUACCCUUCCAGCCCAUCCCAAUGGUUGUGUUUACACCACUGGAGAAAUAGCAGACCUUCUUAACUGGGAUUGCUGACGACUUCUCUGAGUAACUAGCCCAAAUGUCUUUGGGUCAGGUGAUUAGACUUUGCAGAGGAAAAGGGUUGAGGGCUGAGGAGAUGGCAGGGUAGGUGGGGGACACAUGAAAGAUAGUUUCCUGCCGUAUUAGUCUUCUAAGGCUGCCAUCACAGAACACCACAGAACAGCUUAAAGAACAGAAAUUUAUUUUCUCACAGUUCUAGAGACUGGAAGGGUAAGAUCACGGUGUCAGUCAGUUUGGUUUCUCCCGAGGCCUCUCUUCAUGAUUUGCGGAUGGGCCCCUUCUCACUGUGUCCUCACACGGUCCUUCAUAUGUGUGCACUCCCAGCAUCUCUUCCUCUUCUUAUGACACCAGUCCUCUUGGAUUAGGAUCCUAUUCUUAUGACCUCAUUCAAUCCAAAUUGCCAUCCUUUAGAGGCCCAUCUCCAAACACAGUCAUAUUGGGGGUUAAGACUUCAACCUAUGAAUUUGGUGGUAGUAGCAGGGCGGGGGGCACAGUUCAGUCCAUAACAGCUGCCAUAACUUUUCCUCAACAGAUCAUCUCCCAUCCUCUGAUGCUGUCCUUCUGAGUGGGAGAAGAAUAGAUAUUGGUCAAGAAAUGGUGGAUGGGACUCUGUACAGUCAGUUUGAGAAUGGCUAAGCUAGGUGGGGAGGGUGGCUGAGAUAGGCAGAGUGAAAAGAUGGAUGUUUGACAUGAAGAGAUGGUUGGAUGGAUAGACAGAUGGAUGAAUAUAUGACUUAGGGAGUGCCACCAGGGCAGACAUUACAUUCUACUUCUUUGGGGGUGUAGAUUUUUACAGUGCAGGAGUUGCAACCUCAAAUGCUCAUGUUAGGUAUCAGGGCUGCAAAAAGAGGCCAGGUGCAAUAAUAGGGAGUAGUGGGGAAUGUGACAAAUUGGAAAGAGUGUGCCCUGCCUACAGGGGCCAUGUAUACUCUGUUCCUGCCAAUUACUACUUUGUGGGAUGCCAGCUUAAUGUUGCCAGUAUGUCUGAUUUUUCAAGAGAACAAGAAAUCUGGAUUUUCCCAUGAAAUCUUUCUUUAAAUAAAUUUUUAAAUUAUGGCAAUUAAUUCAACAAUUGUAAAAUACUGGAUGAGCCAAAUCAGCACAUUUACAGUCUGAAUGAACCCUGGAGGCUGCCAGAUUUCCACUCUUGGACUAUUGGGAAGAUAUCCGUAAUGUCAUCACACGAGGACGUAGGUGUUUCAGAGCUCCAGCUCAUGAGUUUGCUGCCUGGGUUCAUAUUCCAGCCCCGCUUACCAGCUUUGCAAUCUUGAGCGAGUUACACAUGUGACUCAAGAGUUGUUGUAGUGAUGAAAUUAGUUAAUACAUGUAGUCGUCUACAACAAUGCCUUCUGCUUUGUAAGAAAGCAGUAACGGAGCCAGCAUUAUUAGGGAGUGUCACCAAAUCUUUUGGUUUACUCAUCUGGAAAAUGGGGACAACACUUGCCUUACCUAUCCCCCCCAAAAAAGAAGAAUGUGUGUGAAAGGGCUUACAAAGGUGGGCACAUUGCUAAGAAGUACACCACGCACUUCUGUUGUUGGCUGUACCUGUACGUGAGGCUCAGCCUUGCCCAGUGCUGGACUGGGAAUCCCUGGGAAGAGGAGGAUAGCGUUAACUAGAACCAGUCCUUUUCUCUUCCACGGGUUAUUUGGCUGUUUUGCUCUCCUUACCACUUGGUAAGUUUCUCUUUUUUUAUUAUGAAAAGUUGAGACAUUCAGGAAAGUAGAGAAAAUAGCAUACUAAACACCCAAGUACCCUUAUCUAGAUUUAAUAAUUGUUACCAUUUGCCAUAUUCGUUUCAUCUUGGUGAGCGUUCGUUUCAGGGCUGGAAUGCGGCAGUUCGGAAAUGGGAAUGUUUGAGGCAUUGCGGUACUAAAUGGGAGAGAUGGGAAAGCAUGGGACUUUACCUACCUCAGGGAUGCCUUAUUUUUGCAAGAAAGGGAGACCCAGUCAGAUGCAGAUGGUUCCCUUUUUUUUUAAUUUUUUUUUAUUAUAUUAUGUUAGUCACCAUACAGUACAUCCCCGGUUUCCGAUGAGAUGGUUCCCUUUUGGACGGGACCCCUGAAAAGGGAUUUAUGUGCAGGAUCGUUCGUUACGAUCGUAUGUUGUUACCACCUUAAAGUGAUAUAAACUGGGACGUGAAUUCUUUUAUUAUUUAUAAGGCUUUCAUUUAUUGUUAUUUCUAAGGUUUUAAUUUUCUGCAACAGUUCGUGUAUUGCUCAGGAAAUGGAAAAUUAAAAAUUUUUAGAGACUUUUCAUGUGGAAAUGUCUCUGUCAUAAAAAAUUCAGGAGUUGAAACUGUGGUAGAGCUGAGAGAAGCCCAGUAAAAUCUCUGAUAAAAAGAAAUGCUGGUCACUAAAAAUGAAAGGUUUUAGGAGCAGAAACACUCAGAUUCAAAGAAAGUAUAUGCCAAUUAUAGAGGGCCCUUUCUGUUAAAGCAUUUAAAAGAGUCUCUAAGACAUAUUGCCCCAUUUCUCAGCAUUAGCUUUUACUGCAUUUGAAUGCAAAGGCUUCUGCCUGCGGAAAGGAUGUCUCACAAAUGUGAAAGCAACUAAACUUUGCUUUAAAAUUCUAUUAUUCAGACCCUUCAUUAAUUUAAGCUGACAUUCCUUCUCAAUCGGGGCCAAUCAUCAAAGCUUUAUUGUAUUGAGAACCUUGAAUUCAGCAACAAAGAGUGUGGGUUUGGAAGGACACGCAUGGAGGGGGAGAGCAGAGAGCUCCCAAGGCCCAAAGAAGGGAGGGGAGGGGAGGAAGGCAGCAGGAGGGAGGGUGACCGGGAAAGACUGGAGUCCUGAGAGGCAGAGGGUGGGCAGAGGAGUUAGAAAAGCGGUGAUGCACUGGGGUGCGGUGGGGGUUGUAGACAGUGGACUUAAGGGGAGAGGGGCUUGGAGAGUCUAUGCUGGAAAGCUGCCCCUUGAGCCUCUGCUCAUCAACCUGCAACUUUGCCCUCACAAAGCUUUCUCCAGAGUAAGGGUAAGAAAGGGAGACAGGGAAUAGAGGAAGAGAAAGCCUUUCCUUUUCUUCCUUCAUCCAGGUGCCUCUUGAAUCUCCUGUCAUGGUACCCUGGCAAGCAACAGGGUGCCUGGCAGGAAGUCUGCCCACCCUGCAGGCCUCGGGUCACUGUCAUGUCUGGCCCAGACCUCCAACAGGGCUCUCUCUUCCUUUCUGGCAUGAUUUAUCGUGGGUACACGAUGUGUGAUGUACUAGGUGGAAUGUAUUGGGUUCAUUGUUAAGGCAUAAGGCGGGGAAGGAGCUUUUGAAAUGUGAGGACAUCACAAACUUUUCUCGAGCAUCUAUGAUUUAUAACUAGAGUAAAAUAAGAUUUGUAAAGGUGACCUCAGGGACAACUGAGUUUUUUAAUGUGUGACUUUAAUAAAUAAAAUACUAAUUUCAGAAAACCAAGUAUAGCUGGGUGGUCUUUUGUCUGCACUGAAACAGUCCUCAAGGACACAAGAGACUCAAGGACACAAGAGACAGUGCCGUGACUGCCAGCCCCUUGUGUCUGGCAACCCAUCCGAGACCAAGUCAUGGAAGGUGCAGGUCUUCGAUCCCCAGCCCACCACAUUCCAGCUGUGUGGCGUCAGAGAACCCCUGUGACCUCCCUGAGUCACAAUUCCCCAAUGUGUAAAAUGGGCAUAGAAAUAAUCUGCCCAGUCUUUGCUCCAAGGGGCCAUGGGGAUGACCAUUUAGAUGAAUGGAUGGUUUUCCAGCCUUCGCUGGUCGUUAAUGCGAUGACCCAUUCUGUAGUUGUAAGACUUAAAUAAGAUGAAGCUUUUCCUCUGCUCAAAACUGAAGUGACUCCCUUCUCACUCAGACUGAAAGCAAAGUCUCUCCACUGUCCCUUAGAGCCCAAUGUGCCCACCUGCACCUGCCAUCCCAUCUCUUGUUGCUCUCCCUUGCUCACCUGCCAUGCCCACCCCAUUCUCUGUGCUAUUCCUCUUAUCACCAAACACUCUUCCCCUCACAGACUUUGUACCCUGAACUUUGCAGGAAUCUAUUCCCUGGACAGUCCCAUAGCUGAUGCCCUCACCUCCUUUCCCAGAUAUCGACAUGACUCCCUUACCUCGAACUUUUUGCCAAAAUGCCCCCUCUCCAUGAGACCUGUAUUGUUUAAACUGCAGCCCACUUUUCUUACCCCCAUUCUGUUCUGCUUUUCCUCUCCCAAAGCACUUAUCACCAUGCAACAUGAUAAAUAACUCAUUAUGUUUACCAUUCACUGUGUGUCUCCCCUGCUACAAUAUAAGCUCUGGGGGCCAGGCAUCUCUGAUUUGCUCGCUGAAUGCCUGAAGCAGCAGAACAGUGUCACGCACAUCAAGGACACUCAAUAAAUAGGUUGGAUUUUUCUUAGAGGUCCAGGAUACAAAACCAAUCAAAGACUGCUCUAGUUGAGGGGAAUAUGAAUUCAAAAUCUCUCCUACCAUCCCUGCAGGCUCUCCAUGAAAUACCUCUUGCUCCAAGGAACAAAUUUGAACACUGCUGACAUUUGUUCUGAUAUGUAAAGCCAGUUUUGAAGCUACAAAGUGCUGUGUAAUGUCAAGCCCAAUGGACUGGCAAAACCGUCUGUACACAGCAGGUGCCUAGUUGGUAGAGUGGAAGGAGGUGGACGGGCAAAGAUCCCAGGACUGGAUCCUUGUUGUCAUUCAGGUCUCAGCUCCACUGUCACCACUCAACAAAACCUUGCCUGUCUGCCCUCUCUUCAUUCCACACAGCAUGACUGUAACAAUUUUAGGCUGGAGAACAUUGCUAAGGACUUUGUUGAGCAGCUGUUAUGUGCUAGGCAGUGUCUGCACCCAGUUCACUACAUAAGUGAUCUCGUGAAUCUGUCAGCCCUUUCACCAUUGUCUCUCCAGUAUCUGAUACCAGGCCUGGCACAUAUAAGGUGCUCAAUAAAUGCUCACUUGUUUCCCUAACAACGCUCUGAGGCAGGUACCAUUAACCCCAUCUAACAAAUGGGGGACCAAAGUUCAGGUUAGGUAGUUUGUUUAAUGUCAAACAACUAGUGAGUGGCGGAGCAAAGAUUUCAGUUCUACUCAGACAAACUCCAGUCACUCUGGUUCUGAAAGAGAAUUCAGAUUAGACCAGCCCCCUGGGCUUCCUUCAAGCAGACCUGUCUCCUGGCCACACCAGGAGAUGAGAGAAGGGGUAUUUCUUUUCUUCCUGGCUUUCUCUUCUCCACCUGGGCUCACCUUCUCCCUUCAUUCAGUUAUCACCUGGAGGGCUCUUCUGCCACCUUUUGAUGAAUGGGCCUGCCAUUCCCACCCUCCCUGGCUGAGUAACCCGAGUCAGCAGUUCAUCUCGAAUCACAAAUCAAAUUCUGAAAGACAUUGUGCAAUUUUAUGCUCAAACUCUCUCUAGAAUUCAGAUUCUUUGGGAAGGUCAUUUGCUGAUGAGCAGAAUGAUGGAUUCAUCAAGUCUCUCCCUUUAAGAAAUCUCUGGAUGUAUCUGCUGGUUCCCCACCCCCCCGCCUCCUCCCAAACUUGCCCUAGUUAGUUCAUUUAAUAUAGCUAGAAUUCCCCCAGGAUCCCCACGUAGUUUUCACUCUGGCCACUUAACUAAGGAAGAGCUCCAAUCAUGUUGUCUCUUUACAUAAACAGAAAUCAUUUAUAACCGGCAUGUCCAUUGUGCCUUCCAUAUACCCACUCCUGGCUGUGAUUUUCUUUCUUAGUCCUUCUUGGCAUAUGCCAGCUAUUUACACCACACAGGGGCAAAGCAACUUAGUGUAUGCCCAGAACUAUCUUAUCUGAGAAGCAGCCUCUGAAUCCCAAGCUCCCAGAAUAUUAGCCCCAGGGGGAGGCAUCUCCAUAAAUCCGAUGUUUUAUGCCAGAUUAAAAUUUCUCUUGGAAGCUUUUGGAUUUAUUUCAGAGUUGCCUCUAGAGACAAUGAUGAACUAUAGAUGUCAUGCAGGUUUUCCUUUUCCGGGUGCUUUUUAUUUCAUCUAGAACCAACAGUGACCUUUAGAAUCUGCUACUCCCUCUCAGAUACUCUUUCUGUAGGGUUUAUGUUCAAAGACUCUAGGUCGGAGAAGCUCAGGGUUGAGUUGAGUGUCAAUAAUGACCAAUUGAGUUGAGUGUCAAAAAUGACAGCAUUGCUCUAUUAGUAAAAGGCUGGCUUGGUUCCCCAAUUGCGUGGGACUGCCCUGUGUCCUGGAGGACAUUUAUCCUUCCUGCCUCAUCCACAGAACGUGAGGUGUGUCCCCCAGUGCCUGGAAGAACCAGAAGUGCCUGUAGCAAUAUUCCAAGUACCCCAGAUUGAAAGCACCAGUGACUAUAUCUUGAAAGAUGGUGAACUGGGGGCAGAUGCCAUUAAGUUCCGCCAUUGGUGAGGGGGUGAGCCUAUCCCCAGGGGCUUCUCCCCUUCCAGUGCAAGUGGCUUCCUACUCUUCUUGCCUUCAAUGUCCUUUGUUUGCUUUCAAAUCUGGCCUUGAUAAAUAUUAUUUUAUUUUUAUUUUUUAAAGAUUUUAUUUAUUUAUUUGACAGAGAGAGCACA